CUUAAAACUCACAAAUAUAAUUAAUAAUAAUAAAUAAUUAAGUCAAUAAAAAAAGAAAGGACCUAAAAUAUGCAAUUACACAACCAUUGCAUUCACCAUAUUCACCAGCGCAAGCGUAGCCUAGUUUAUAAUUUUCAUGAUUUAAAUUUUAUAUUUUGUAUUAAGAUUUAAAGUCGAAAGGUCAGUAAUAAAAUAAAUCUGGAAAAUGUUUUAAAAAAAACAAUGACAAGACUGAUAUAAUAUGCAGUUUAAUAAAUAAUAAUAGGCAUUAGUUAGAGUUGUAAUGGGGAAUCGCAUUAUCCACAUGAUCCGUUUGGCGUUGGCGGCCAGAGUCCAGCGAUUUAAAGAAUUAAUAAAAAAAACAAAAAUGUUAUUAGUAUAAUAUAUAGUAUAUAUAUGAAAUGGCUACUUUCAUACUAAACAUUGAUAUUGGAACAAAUUACUCCAACAUUUUUGUAGCUUGUAUACCAUUCACAAUGUAACCAAGAGUAGUAGUUUCAAUAUCAUUAAAAAAUGUCAUUUUUUUCUUAGGUGCUCUAGUUAGCCUUUUUUGUAAAUAUAGCUCAGAGAAUCUUGAUGUUAAUCCAAAUAAAAGUAAAAUAUCUAAGUUUGGACAAAAAAUUAAUACAGUUCGAUAACUCGAAUUUUUUUUUUUGUCCCUAGGAAAUUCCUAUACACUCAAUGCAAUAUUUAUCGCGAUAAGUCAAAUAUAAAAAUAGUUGAGCAUAGAUAACUCGAAGUAAUUUCUUACAUUUUAUCGUUAGAAUAACCGGUUUACAAUCACAAAUAUACAAAUGAAAUUAUCCUAUAUGUACAACUGUGCUGUAAAAUAAUCGACAGUUGCCGUAUAUCUUCGCUGUGUAGCGUGUAUAAUUUGUAGUUAUGUCUCUUAAACGUAAAUUGGUUACAUUAACAAUUGCUGAAAAAGUGAACAUUAUAAGUGAGGUGACAAAAUGUGGUAAACAAAAAAAUAAAAAUUGCCAAGCAAUUUAAUAUUCCACCCAGUACACUUUCAACUAUUCUGAAAAAUAAAGACGAUAUUUUACAAGAAUACGAAACUAAUAAAGGGUCAAUGAAAAGAAUGAAGAUUUGUGAGUAUCCCGAUAUAGAGGAGAAGGCCGAAUUUUUUGCUACUAAACUCGGCCAUAAACAAUUUAAAGCUAGUCAAGGUUGGUUAAGCAACUGGAAAAUUAGGAAUAACGUCGUUUUUCGUAAAAUAUGUGGUGAAAACGCUUCAGUUGACCAACCAAUAUGUUCUGACUGAAGAUAUUAUCUUUUGGCCGUAUUGUUCAGUGGUACGGCGUUCAUGCAAACAACACCCAAAUUUGUACGUUUGCGAUAUUACCACAA